AUGCCUUCAAUCAACAUCUUCUUCUUCAUCUUCGCCCUCUGGUUCCUCCGACGGCCUACGUCCUCGUCGGCCUUCACCUUGAAGCUUGUCCACCGCGACUCCCCCGACUCCCCUCUAUACCAGCCGAACCUCACAACCGCGCAAUGCUUCCUCAAGCAUGCCAAGAUCUCCCUCGCGCGCGCCUCCCAUUUCGACAUCCACGCCUCCAUCCGCCUCCCGGCAAAGCACGAUCCCAUCUUCACGGCGGAUUUAUACAUCGGCACCCCCGCCGUCAAGAGGACUCUCGUCUUCGACACCGGCAGCAGCCUCACGUGGAUGCAAUGCAGCCCCUGCACGCGCUGCUUCAAGCAGAACGACCCUGUCUUCGAACCGAAGAAGUCGAGCAGCUACAAGCCGAUCAGCAAAAAGCACCCCCUUGCCAAAAGCUUCCAGUGCUCUUUCUUCGGUAGCGGCUGCAGCUACUCCACCAGCUACUACAGUGGCCAGUUCUCAAAGGGCCCUGCCGCAACCGAAACGUUCACGUUCGACAGCAGUUUGAAACGGCCCGCAUCCGUGAAAAACCUCGUUUUCGGCUGCGGGACCUCCAACGGCGGGCCUUACCCGCCGGAAGUUAGCGGGAUAAUUGGGAUGGACAAGGAUCCAACGUCCUUCCCUCGACAACUCGGUGCAUCGAUCAAGAACCGGUUCUCCUACUGCCUCUCCCCGAACACAGCCUCGUACGUAAGGUUCGGUGACGAGGCGGUGAUCCAGGGGAGGAAUGGGCAGAGGACGCCGAUCGUCGAGACGAGCAACAAAUGGAGCGCCACGAACUACGCCCUCCCGCUGAUGGAUCUCAGCAUCAACGGGAAGAGGCUCGGGGCGAGAUUCCCCAAGGGAAUCUACAUAGAUUCUGGAUACUCAUUAAGCCUACUAGAAACAAGUGUGUUUAUUGCAGUGAAAAAUUUUCUUUUAUGUGAGGACGCGACCUUACCGACGAUGGUGUUUCAUUUUAAGGGGGCUGAUUUGGAGGCGCCGCCGCCAAAUCUGUUCAUCUUUUUGGAGAAGAAUGUGUUCUGUUUUAUGGCGUUGGAGUCGAAAACAAUAUCCAUUUUGGGGGCGUUUCAGCAGAGGAAUAUCAGGUUUGUGUAUGAUUUGCAGCAAAAGAUGCUGUCAUUUGCUCAUGAGGACUGUUCUAAAGACUUUCAGCUUGGUGGCUGA